UUUAACUCUGGAAAAGUUUAUUCUUAUAUUUUACAAAAAUUGAAUUUUCUUGAGUAUAAUAUGGCUAUUAUAAAAAUACAAAUGGCUAUCAAUCAAUUAAAGAUGUUUGUUGAUACUGAUAUUGAGGUAGUAUAUCAGAAGAUGCUUAACGAAUCUAUUACUAGUAACUACUUAACUGGUGAAGAGGAAGAGCUAAUCAAGAUUAUUUCAGAACAAAUAGUCAGUUAA